CAUAUUAUUGAAUUACACCACAUUUGACUAGAUCAAUUGAUAGAGACAGAUGCAAAUUCGUGGGAACUUAACAUUUGCUGUUCAAUACAUACAUUAUAUACGUGUGAGGUUAAUUUCUUACGAGACUAAUCCAUUCGAGCCGAGCUUGUUGUUAGCCUUUUGUUCAGCUCUAACCCAACCUAAAACUAGAUCAAUCACUUCUGAACUUAGCAUUAGAUUUAAGAGAUUCAGGUAAUCUUUUGACAUAGAAAUGGACAUUGGAACAGUGCUAUCUGUUGCUCAGACUGUGUUUGCGGCGCUGCAAUGUCCGGAGCUCAAAAAGAUGUGCUCAAUUCUUGGCUACAAAACCCAACUUGGUGACCUUCAAGUCACUGUCUCCGCCAUCAACACUGUGCUCCGCAAGGCAGAGGCCAAGCGCGAGCUUAAUGAUGAAGAACAGCUUUAUGUUGAGGACCUCAAGGAUGCAAUCUAUGAAGCAGAUGAUCUGUUGGAUGAGUUUGUUACACUGGUUGAGCAGAGGAAACUCACAGAGAGUGACAAGCUGGCGCAUUUCUUUUCUCUUUUUAACGAGUUAGGUGUUGCUUACAAGAUGUCUAGAGGGGUUGAGAAGAUUAGGCGGAAGUUGGAUGCUAUUGCUUACAACAAUCAGUUUAGAUUUAAGCUUGAUCCUGAGCCUACCAGGAAGAGGAGGCCCGAGAGCGAUUCUUGUGUGAAUGCAGUGGAUAUUAUUGGAAGAGAGGAUGACUUGGAGAAAAUCAUUGGUGUGCUGCUUGAUUCUAAUGUUCAGCAAGAUGUGUCUUUCAUUACUAUUGUGGGUAUUGGAGGGUUAGGCAAAACUGCCCUUGCUCAACUUGUCUACAACGAUCCAAGGGUCAAGAGCGCAUUUUCGUUGAGGUUGUGGACUUGUGUCUCUGAUCAAGAUAGAAAAGAAUUGGACUUAGAAGAUAUUCUUGGUAAUAUUCUGGCUUCAGUUACUGGCCAGAAGCAUGAGGGGUCAACCAUGGAUUGGGUGCAAGGACAGCUUCGAAAAACACUAGCAGAUCAUAAAUAUUUGCUUGUUUUAGAUGAUGUAUGGACUGAGAAUCGCAAUCAAUGGUGUGCUUUGGUUAAAUACUUCAUUGGAGGUCAAACGGGAAGUCGAAUAGUGGUGACCACACGUUCGCAAAAAACUGCAGCAAUUAUAGGAGAUAGUUCAAUGUAUAAGCUACAAGGCUUGUCAAAGGAGGAUUCAUGUUGUUUGUUUGAAAGGACAGCAUUUGGAUCAAAUCAAUCAAACCUCCCAGAUCAUGACUUAGUCGAGAUGGGGCGAGAGAUUGUUGAUUUAUGUGCUUGUGUCCCUCUUGCUAUAAGAGUGAUAGGUAGUCUGUUGUAUGGUCAAGACAAGAGUACUUGGAGGUCAUAUCAGAAGACGGGGUUAGCCAACAUCAGGGAGGGUGAAAACGAUAUUAUGCCCAUAUUGAAGUUGAGUUACCAUAAUCUUGAAUCUCCACUAAAGAGUUGCUUCAGUUAUUGCACAUUGUUUCCCAAGGAUUUUGAGAUAGGGAAAGAUAUGUUGAUAAGCCUUUGGAUGGCACAAGGCUAUAUUGUUCCAUUAGAUAAAAAUCAGAGCAUUGAAGAUGCUGGCGAGGAAUAUUUUUCGAUCUUGCUGAGAAGAUGUUUCUUCCAAGACAUCAGAAUAGACGCAUUUAAUGACAAAAUUACAUGUAAGAUACACGAUCUCAUGCAUGACAUGGCUCAAAGUGUCACUGAAAAGGAGAUCUAUGCAACAAAUACCAUUAGUGGCAACCUGGAUAAAAAAAUUCGCCAUCUAUCAGUUGCCAGUAGGAGGGAAUAUGGCAGAUAUUUCUUCAGUAAGAACCAUAUUCGUUCCUAUCUUCAUGUUGACCGAGGUGGUUUAUUAUUGAGCACGGUGGACCUGUUUUUCCUAGAGCCAUUAGUAGCAAAUUGUAUGUGCCUAAGGGUAUUAGACCUAAGUUGGUUAAAGAUCAAGAAAUUGCCAGGCUCCAUCGGUAAAUUGUUGCAUUUAAGGUAUUUUGAUCUCUCAUAUAAUGUUGAUUUGGAAAUGCUUCCUAAGUCAAUUACAAAACUAUAUAAUCUCCAAACUUUUUUAUUAACCGGGUGUGAGAAAUUGAAAGAGUUACCAAAAGAUUUGAGCAAAUUGGUUAAGCUCAGGGUUUUGGAUAUAGAUGAUUGCUACCAUCUGACUUAUAUGCCUCGGGGCUUGGGUAAGUUGAGUUGCCUUCAUAGGCUAAGUAACUUUAUAGUGGGGGGAAAAGGGAGUAAUUCAAGUUGGAAGCAAUGGUUUAGCGGGCUGGAAGAUCUAAAGGCUCUAGAGAAGCUGAAGGGUGAUCUUGAAAUCCAAAUCAGAUGGCCAAAGGAUGCUAAUAAUGCUGUUAAGGAAGACUAUAAGAGGGAUAGAUUAUACCUGAGGAGUAAGGAACAUCUCAAGGCCAUUUACUUUAAGUUCACUGAUGAGGAGGGGGGUGGAAGAGUUGAUGAUGUGAUAGCAGGAAGUUUGAUGGAAGAACUGCAGCCGCAUCCUAAUCUGAAAUGGUUAGAGGUGCAGGAAUACCAUGGUGCGAGAAUGCCUGAUUGGGCAACCCUUCUUCCAAAUCUUGUUCAACUUUGUCUUUUUCAUUGUGGGGAGUUGGAAUACCUGCCAUUCCUGGGAAACUUGCGUCAUUUGAAAGUCCUCAAACUUUUACGGUUGGAUAAGUUGGAGUACAUAGAAGUAAAUACUCCAUUGGCUAAUUCCAGCUUCAUGCCUGCGCCUCAAUUGGUGUGUGCAAAAGGACUAUCGUUCUUGCCCUCUCUCAAAUUACUAUGGUUAAACAAUCUGCCAGAGUUUAAAGGUUGGAGGAGAAUGGUAGUAGGUUUGGGAAAUCAACUUACAGAAUUUACUGUUGAUAACAGCAACAAGGCACAGUGGCAGUUAUUACCGAGUCUUUCGCAAUUGAAGUCAUUGGAGAUAAGAGGGUGCCCAAAGCUGACAUGUAUGCCUCUGUGUCCUGGGGUGGAUAACCUAUAUAUAUACAAGUCUAAUGAUAUACUAAAUGAGAACUAUAUACGCAAUGGGAUGAGAAAUUAGAAGAUGCUGCUCCAUAAAUUAGGAGCGUUCCUGUGCACAAUUCAGGGUGAUUGGCAUAAAUAAUGUGGCAUGGCUAAAAUUGUUGCCCAUGGAGGUGCUUUUCAUAGCUGCUCGCUUGGGCGUUUGCAUUAUACACUCUAUACAACCUUACGUUGCAGGGUUUGGUGCGUUUUUUUUGCCCAAUCUAAUAUUCUAAUGUGGUGGACAUGUAAUUUCAUAUGAUGGCAUUGCUUCUACGCUUCUACCUUUUCAACUGCAUAUCAUGGUAUGUGCCUCCUUGGGAUCAAUUGGCUGUGGAAAGCUAGUAAAAGGUGUUUUUUUUUUUAUAUAUUUUUUAGAUACUUUCUAAAUUUAUCUUCGUAUUUAAUUUUAGUUUUUAGCCGACUACUGUUUUAUGAACUGUUUGUUUUCUUUGGCUAAAGUUUUCUCAAAUGUUAAGUUUUUUUUUUACUCCAAUAUUUUAACCACUCAUUUAAAACAUUCUUGAAUUUUAUUGUCGGUUCUCUUUUAAAGUUUUAAAACACCUUUAAUUUUCUUAAAUGCUCUUUCAUUUGCUCACUUUACUCACCUUUUUUUUGAACUCUUUCUAAUGAUUAUUUUGUUAUGUCCUUUUCUUUUUAUCGAACGAUUCCUUAUGACGAUUCAUGUUAGCCGACCCUAAAUCAUUUUGGGGCUAAGACGACGUUGUAAUCAAACCAUAUACUUAUCUUUUGCUUCUAAUAUGAUGGCAUUGCUGAUAUGAUUUGGCUAAAUUUUGGUAACUUUCUUGGCAUUGCUUAUCUCUGUGUGUUUGUGUGUGCGCCGUGCGCGGGUUUUAAUUGUACAUGAAAUUUCGCCGUGGCGGGUUUUAAUUGUACAUGAAAUUUCUGGUGUGUGUGGGUUUUAAUUGUAUAGAAAAUUUCUGGUAACAAUUUUUUCCAAUACUAAUUGGAUGGUUUA